AUGGCGCCGCCGCCGCCACCGCCGAUAGACGCGCCUCUGCGGCUUCCGCCUCUCCCGGCGGACACCAUCUUGGAGAUCUUGUCCCGCGUGGGCGACGCCACCGCCGUCGUGCGCUGCGCAGCCACCUGCAAAGCAUGGCGCCGCCUCAUCCUGGAGCCGUCCUUCCUCUCCCGCGGUCGCGCCGGGCGCUCCGACCCCUCCCCUCUCCUCGGCUUCUUCUUCCUGGACACUUCCCAAAAGCUGCCCCGUCGCCGCCUCUACCUCCGCCGCCCCACGCGCUUCCUCCCCCUCGGCCCCUCUCAGUCGCAGGCAACCGCCCUCCCCCUGUCCCACUUCUUGCCGAAGCCGGACGCGGCCGGCCUCAGCGGGUUCGCCCCCGUCACGUCAGGCGCCGGCGGGCUCCUUGCCCUCCGCCGUUCCCCGGCCAGCUCGUGCGACCCCGUCAGGAUCUGCGUCUGCGACCCCGUGGCCGGGACCUCCACCUUCCUCCCCCCUCUCCCGCCCACAACAUCCCCCGAGAACAUCGUCUUCCUCGACGCCGAUGGCUCCUCGUUCCGCCUGCUUGCGGCGAUGGACCGCCCAAAUGGGAUCCGCCUGCGCGUCUUCUCCUCCCAGACCGGGCAGUGGGGCACGGCUGUGACGGCCCAACUUCCUGGUAACAUGGUGGUCCACCUCUGCUCCCCUGCCGUCGUCCACCGUGGUGCCGUCCACUGGAUAUGCGGCACCCGUGCCCUCCCGAAUGCGGUGCACGCACUGGCCGUUCGCCCCGGCCAGGCCGAUGUCUCGGUGUGCCGAUUCGACCUUCCGCUGCGCGCAGGCAUUCACCGCCUGAACCAUGCCGCAGAAGCCGUUCGCCUGUUCAGUUCAGCUCAGGGGUGUCUCUCCUUGGUUCUCCUGGAUGAACCUGUGAAUGUGAUCUCCAUCUGGAACUUGGAAGACGACAGCACCCAUGGCAACUCGUGGGAGCUUCACAAGAUGGUACAUCUGACGUCGGUGUUGCCGUCGACAAUCCUUGAUCCUUCUGCCGGGUGGGGGCUCUCUGUCGUAGCAUUGUGCGACCAGAGUGGCUCCUUGUUCUUGCGUGCUGUGGGCGAGGGCGGCCUUUUUGUGCUCAACCUGGAGACGGAGGCGAUGUCGAGGGUACGCAAUGACCACUGCGCCAAGUUCCUAUGCCCAUAUGUGGCGAAUCUGAGUUCUUGCCUGGGAGCCAUGAAGAAUUUCUGA